AACAAACGCGUCGCCAGAAACCCCAUGCAUAUACCUGUACAGGAUGUUGAUUAGCCGUCGAUAGCUUGAUAUCGACACCUGACGUCGUCGCAAGACCUUCCAUACAGAGCCAAACACGUGCAGCGGUCUGUGGGAGACUACGCAACGACAUUGGUGACGGGGAAUCCCCCGUCCUUGGCAGUAUUGCUUGUGUCAUCUUCGUCAACACAGCCCACUCCAUCAAGGAAGUGGAUCGUGGCGUUGUGCACGAGGCGACCUGACACGACUGUCAUUAUGCUCAACACCUGAAAUGUACAGCGUUUGAUGGGGUCUGAUAUCGACAUGAUUGAAGUUCACACAAUUAGCUCUACUCACCUGACGACAGCCCAAUGUGACCUAUUGAAAUACAUAGUGGGACGUCGGCGAGAGAUCAGGGCUGCAGGCGUGGUGGAGGUGCUGACAGCGGAUGUCACUGACGCCGGCUCAAGGACGUGGGCACACAAGGGUUAUGGGGUCAUAUGUUUCAUCAAGGACCAUCCAGGGAAACGGUACAUCUUCAAGGCAUAUAACCUCAUGACGAGGCAAGAGAUACACGAGCACACUAUUAACAACAAGUUCAAGUACAUAGAGAAGAGCGAUCGGUUCCACUACAUGACUGGAGCGAAAAAUCGGAUGACUGGCCUAAACUUUAUUGACGAAAUCGAGGCGAAGUUGUUCAAAGAGACGGUUGACUGCAAAAGAGAACAAUGGACCUUUCCCUCCAUCCCGCCCCAUCCCCGUGGCUUGCCUGACUACAUCCCCCCUCACGUCUCGCUACAGGAAAUCAUUCAAGAAUUGCCACAGGACGUCCCGACACAGGCUCCGACACAGACACCGACACAGACACCGACACAGGUCCCGACUCUCGUCCCGGAUGAUAUACCUUCACGGACUCCGCAAGAGAUAUUCUCACAGACGCAGCAAGAUUUAUUAACACAGGUCCCGCAAGAUAUUUUGACACAGACCCCGCAAGAUCUGUUCACAAGGGUCCCAGAGGAAGUUCCGUCCCAGAUCCAAUCACAGGGAACGGAACAGGAUGUAACGUCACAUGUCUCUCAAGAGAUGACGUCAGCUGUCUCGCAAGAGAUGACGUCACAGGCAGCGCAAAAGGUCCCAAUCACACGUCCCCUCACAGCCGACGGAACAGGACGAUGUCGUUGACUGUUCUACAGAUCCAGCCACACAAGACCGACUAGAUGCAGCAGUGACGGAGCGCCAGCUAAUGACGCUGUCGACGGCAUUCGGCGACAACUGGCAGCUUUUGAGCAUCCAACUCGGCAUGUCCGACUGCCGCCGGGAAGAACUCACCGGAAACAACAAUAACACCAUCCAACAGAAUAUUUACAGCAUACUUAAGGAAUGGGUGAGGGUAAACGCCGAGAAAGCCACAAGUCGGGUUCUCUUCGAUGCAAUCAGCUCCCUCAAGGAUGCUGGAGUUGUCACUGUUGAUAUGGACGUCGUUCAUAAAGCCUGUAACUUUAAGGAGGAGGACCUUUAGUCAAAGAUCGUCAGUUCUAUGUGCCUUGGAUUGGAGAGAAGGACUUUAAAGAGGUGGACUUUUAGUCAAAGAUCGUCAGUUCUAUGUGCCUUGGAUUGGAGAGAAGGACUGCGAAAGCCUGAACUAUAUAUUCCGCGAAUUACAACGGUCCAUGAAUAUAGACACUGUCUAUAUGCCUUUAAAUUAAGCUGAUUGUCCUCAUGAUUUCCGUGGUUUAAAAUAUGUAUUUAACAGUAUACAGCUCACACUUUAGAGCUGCUUUAGGAUUUCUGAUAUUUGAAGAAGAUUCCCCGAUCAACGUGCCUUGGAAUAUCAUAAAUAUAUUUUGGUAUAUUUACACAUCAAAAUUCAUCUCUCUAUUAUUCCAGUUUUAGGUUAUGUUAGUGGCGUGUGUUUUUAACAUUGGUGCACAAGGAGAAUAUAUGUGUUGAAUAAAUGGAUUUGAAUGUU